AUGUAUCCGCAACUGCCAGCCGGUCCCUCUGGUGUACCACCCCGGCCACCUGUAACAUACAGCCAUUACUCUAACUCCGCUCGCACCCCACACCAACUGGGUGCGACUAUUCACGAUGUUGACAACGAAGCCAGGGGCGAGGCGGCCUUCGAUCGAAUCAGUCGCGGCACUCGUGGAACCCACAGCGACGGCGCUAAGUUCAGGGCGGCGGCGCGAGCUACCAUAAAAGCAGUGAAUCGUCCACAUGCCAAUGGAUCGCAGAGCAGACAAGGAAUGCUGAAGAAGCCUUCUGUACGACCUGGAAAGGGCAAGGAGAAGUCAGACGCACCAGAUAGCUCAGAGACUCACAGUUCCAUCAAGGAUGAGGAGGACGACAUUGCAGAAGCCGUUGCGCGCUCGCUGGGCGAGCAUGUUGGAGACCCUAACGUUACGACCCUGCUUUCACCCCUACUGGGAGAGCGGGACGACUCCGAUAUUGCCGAAGCCAAGAUCAUGUCGCUGUUUUCAAAUGAGAAACCAGUAAAUCAUGCGGCUCAAGGUCACUCAUACAAGUAUAUCGGUAAUAGUUAUACGUCCAGUUCGACCGCGCCACAUACAGCACUCUAUUCUCUGCUCGAUACCAUGAAGGACAGCGCGAAAGCUGUAGAGGAGGUCGAUCCUGAAAAGUUAGCCACAGCUGGUCCCGAGUUGGCACAUAACAUAAGGGGAUGGCAUAGCAUCUUGACUAGAAACCAGUUGGACUACGAUCGGGUUGUUGAAGACAAGCACAAGAAACAGAUGGACACAUUCAGAAGGCAGGUUGGAGCAAAAAUGCUUCAGAUGCAGCAGGAUCACCACCAGGAAUUGAAGGAACAAAAGCAGGCGUAUGAGAAUCUUCUUGUUAAACAGGUCGCAAAGCUGUCUACACCAACGGCACAAGACCGAAAGCCAAGCACAGAGCCCGCCCAGCCCCGAACCGUCAAGUCACCAUCGCCACACCUCCAAGACAAAGUCGACCGUCUGACCAACGAGAUCGCUACGCUCAGAUCUGAGAACGAGACCAAAGUCUCCAAGAUGCAGGCCUCGCACGCAGACCGAGUCCUUGUCCUACAUCAGAAGAUCGAGCGAUUAGCUGACGCAAACGCCUUUCUCCGUGUGCAAGAGAACCCCAAGGACAAGAUGCAGGAAAUGGAGAGGAUGAAGCAGACGAACGAAGAAUUGCUUCAGCAAAUCAAGGACAUCACAGGCGAGAACGCAAGGUUGAGGCAGAGGCACCUCCAGUACCAGCUUUCCAGUUCACAGCCGGUGGUCGAGGAUUCCCCGAGUCUGUUCAAUCGGACCCUGGUCCGUCAUCUCAAGAAGGUAGUGAGAAUUGGUCGCGCAAGAGGGCUAGACGUCAAUGAACAGCCGCGUCGCGUAUACUGA